GGCAUUUGUAAACUGUCAUGACCCUGGUGGCAGCAUAGCAGUAAGAACGACCAGAGUUCACUCUCGUGGCCAUCUUGGUUUUGUUCCUCAGAAAAUUAAAUGUCGUCAGAAGAGUGAGACGCUCAGGAGGAUGAAUUGCUGGCCCCGGCAAGUAUUUAUUAUGAUGGAGAUGAAUUUAGAAAAGCGGAGUCUGUCCAAGGUGGAGAAACCAGGAUCUAUUUGGAUUUGCUACAGAAUUUCAAGAUAUUUGUGAGCGCUAUCUGCUCUAUGGGAAGAACACCAUGGCAGCAUGAUCCUGUUUGCCUGCAUGCAAUUUCUUAAGGAAGAUACCCUACUAUACCUGAAUAUUGUCUCUCCUUUUGAGCUCAAGAUUGGUUCUCACAAAAAUGUGCAGAGAAGGACAGCUCAAGCCUCUCCCAACACAGACCUAGUUUUUGGAGGAACUUCUGGAUCUGAUACAGACCAAGAGGAAAUUGUGGACGAGACAGCUGUGCAGGAUGUGGAAUCAUUGUUAAAUAUGAUCCGGGAAAUGUUGGACUUUGAUCAAGCUCAGCAGAUAAAAUGCUUUAGUAGUAAUUUGUUCCUAUGCAAUAUCUGUUUCUGUAACAAGCUGGAUAGUGAAUGCAUGUACUUCUUGGAGUGCAGGCAUGUGUACUGCAAAGCCUGUCUGAAGGACUACUUUGAAAUCCAGAUCAGAGAUGGCCAGGUUCAAUGCCUCAACUGCCCAGAACCAAAGUGCCCUUCGGUGGCCACUCCUGGUCAGGUCAAAGAGGAGCUAGUGGAAGCAGAGUUAUUUGCAUGUUAUGACCGCCUUCUUCUCCAGUUCACCUUGGACCUGAUGGCAGAUGUGGUGUACUGCCCCUACCCAUGCUGCCAGCUACCUGUCAUGCAGGAGCCUGGCUGCACCAUGGGUAUCUGCUCCAGCUGCAAUUUUGCCUUCUGUACUUUAUGCAGGUUGACCUACCACGGGGUCUCUCCAUGUAAGGUGACUGCAGAGAAAUUAAUAGACUUACGAAAUGAAUACCUGCAAGCAGAUGAGGCCAAUAAAAGACUUUUGGAACAAAGGUGUGGUAAGAGGGUGAUUCAGAAGGCACUGGAAAAGAUGGAAAGUAAGGAAUGGCCAGAGAAAAACUUCAAGAACUGACCAUGUUGUGGAACUCCCAUAGAGAAAUUAGAUGGAUAUAACAAGAUGACAUGUACUGGCUGUAUGCAAUACUUCUGUUGGAUUUGCAUGAGUUCUCUCUCUAGAGCAAACCCUUACAAACAUUUCACUGAUCCUGCUUCACCACGUUUUAACCAGCUGUUUUAUGCUGUGGAUGUUGAUGAAGAUAUUUUGGAAGAUGAGAUUGAAGACUAG